CAGCCACGUACUUGCGUGCGAAACCAGAUAGCAUUGCUCAAUAAUUAUCUAGCCAGGCAAGAUUUCUAGGAUCGUUUUAGCCACCCUCUCUGAUGAUCUUGGGUCGGUUUGUAGCCACCUUUCUUUCUUGUUGUUUCCGGGAAAGCGGUUAUGCUAGUCUGUCUGUCUGAGAUCGCCUUAGGAGAGAAAUGAAAUCGAAACAGCACGACGACCAAUUACACGACAGCCAAACCGCGUCCAAAACCGCUAGUAUAGCUAGCAACCGCCGAUGUAAAGACAUGUUUAAAAAGCUAGUCAAGUUGAAAGCCAUGCACUGGCGGUACUGGAUCACUUUAGUUCUGAUUGUUUUCUCGCUAUUUUAUGACGGUAUAUGGACAGCAUUUCAAACAGCAGUCUGUUGUUUCUGUACGAUUGCUACUACAAAGAUCCCUGUUGCUAGAAGGACUCGAAAUGAAACUGCUACCCAGACAGAGGUGCCUGAAGAGCAUUGCACGGAAACCAGACAAGAAGAAAACAACUCUGGUGAAGAUGACACUGAUUCCUAUGUCAAUAUUAACCAGGAGUCCCAGCCAGUGACACAGUAUCCUCACCUAAAGCAGGCUCUAGGAAAGGUGUUUGAGUGCGCUUACUCCCAGUUUGUCCUGCUUUGGUAUGAUGUUCCUGAGCCCAGAGAGAGACAGGUGCUCCACCAGGCCCUGCUACAGGAGUUCCACACCGACGUGGAUCAGCUCAUUCAGACAACACGACACGUGGAGACGAUGACACUGGCUGUGGGGGUCGUCCGCAUUCUCACUCAGCAUCUCCAGAGCAGCAGGCUGAACAAAGGGAAGAAGCAGUCCCAGUCCAGGGAUGAAGAGUUGGCCUUGCUCAGAAAGUGCUCUGAAGUUCUGAUUUGCAACCUGCUCCCUCCCUCGCUGUGGGGACUGAAUUAUAUGCAGCAUUUAGUGACUGAAGUUGUAUCGUUGAAAGUUUUAGAGCCUAUGAUUAGCAUGCUGUCAGAUCCAGAUCAUCUAAACCAGUUGGUGGUGGGCUUGUUAGCUGAAGCAGAACUUAAUCCUCCACAGGAAGACGAGAGAGCAGACAAGCCACAAGAACCGACAAUGGAAGAGACUGAAAACCCACCAGAGAAAAAGAAGAAGAUGCGUUCAAAGAUUGCAGAUUUUUUCAAAAUAAAGAAACCCAAAAAGAAAAACAAGAAGCAGAGCUUUCGUAAAGAAGACGCAGAUCCUGAACCUGGAAAUCUCAGCUUCAGAAAACUGGGGGAUUCUCAACCCAGUUUAUCUGAGGCUGAUACAGAAGACCUUGAGAGUGAUAGUGUUAUCAGUUACCCAGAGACCUGUUUUGUUUUCCCAUAUGAACUGUGGAAAGAUGGACAUUGGAAGAUAAUGGUUUCACAGGUGUGGGAAGAAAAUGAGGAUUUGUCUUUCACCAUUCACAUUGAAGAAAGAGAUGACCGUUUCCAGUGGAAUGUGAAACAGACCCUGACGGCAUUUCAGCAGCUUCUGAGUUGUUUGAAAGAGGUUCCUGAUUUCUCAUCCAUUUCUGACAUUGUGGAAAGCCGGGAGCAACCUGCUGAUGACGAGUUUCUAGAAAAAGCCAGACUGAAACUUGAAGAUUUUUUAAAGGAGCUGGUGUUGAAUCACCCGGCUGGGCAGAGUGAGGAGCUCUUCAGCUUUCUGCAGCCCCCAGAAUCCCUGCUUGAAAGCGAAGAGCCUUUGAUGGAAGUGUGGAGGCUUGUGAGAAGCGUAGUUUCCUUCUUUGCCCCUGGCGAGACGGAGGAAGAGGACCAGAAUUGUUCUGAAGACACAGUGAUUCUUGAUGAAAUUGAUGGCAUGGAUGCUGCUAGCUCAUCUUUAGGAGGAGGGGACCUGGAAACUGAUGCUGUCCCCAUCAGAGAUCACUUAGUAGAAGAUGCAGCCCCCCUGUUGGUUACCCCAGCUGCCUGGGGGGGCACUGACUCAAGUGGAGACGAGGUCUGCAGGGAGGACAGAACCCAUUCAGGAGACAAACCAAAUCCGGAUCAGUCCAACAUAGCGUAUAGAGCCCUCCUGAUUGGAUCAGCUGACAGUGAGUGUAAUCCAUCUGACUCUGAAGACUCCAAGAUGGAAUGCUGUAUUGAAGAUUCCGGUUCUAAGGCAUCCCUUCCAAACGGAAUCCCCCCGUGUAAUUCAGCUGAUGUGGUCGAUGGGAAUAGGUUAAGAGGCAAGACUGAAAAAGGAAAAGCUAAACUCAACACCAGGAGGCAAGAGACAAAGGCAGAGAAACCUGAGAAGGAAGUGACCAAAGCAAUAUUUGAGCUUUUAAAAGAAAUAACUAAUUAUUCGUUUAUUGUACACUGUUUGAAAUUCAUUCCAUCUUCCUAUCUGGCAGUGAAGGUCUUAUCGAAGCUUCAUUUGAACGAGAAGCAGGUGACAGCCUGCGUUGAGCACCUGUGUGAUAAGCUGUGGCCCAACGGCAUGCCUGCAGAGCCCAGCCCAGAGAGAACGAGCACAGAGAAAAAACAGACCAAAGAGAGGGCAGAAGAGCUGCUGCUGAAAAUCCUGUCUCCAUACGGCUUAUUCAUAAAAGCCAAGCAUGUGAAGAGUGUGUUCAACACGUUUCAGGAUGUGGAGGCCAACAAGACGCUGGUUUAUAUGCUGUUUUUAUUUCUAUGUAAGGCGCUUGUGCCUGGAGACCCAUCCCUGGAUACACAGACAAUUCCCAGGCUGAACAGACCCCUUUAGCUAAACCCACGGGCAGGGAUGACAAAGACAUGCUUCUACUUGCAGAGGACCGGGUCUAUUUUAAUGAUCUAAAGGGUAGCAGGUCUAAAUACUGCCACCUUUUAACUCUAUAUUACCAGCUGGACAUUGCUUAUGAGAGUAAACACUUGUGUAGUCCCUAAGGCGAAAGUUUUUCAAAACAAGUUUUAUUUUUUGUUGAUGAAUUUCACUGUGAAAUUUUUAAGACGGUUUGACCAAUGGUUAAGAUCACAAAUCAGUGUUGCUUUGUAAAAUAGAACGUGCAUGGCUAGUUUCACAGACCCAGCUGUACAUAACAGAGAAUGUAGUGUUACCCACAUACAUGAAGUUACAUUCCUUUUUAAUGUUGAAUUACUUUUGUACUUUUGUACUUAUAUAUGUCUCAAAAUGUGUUGUCCUGAAUUUAUAUUAAGAUGUGUGUAAAUCCUAAACUGUUAAAUAUGAGUUUUAUGUUUGUGGUAAGCUG